AUGGCAUUUCUUCUUUCUUUCUUUCUUUCUUUCUUUCUUUUUUUCUUUCUUUCUUUCUUUUACAUCUUUCACUUUCUCUGUCCACUUAUAAUACUUCUAUGUAUUUCUUUCUUUCUUUCUUUCUUUUUUUCUUUCUUUCUUUCUUUUACAUCUUUCACUUUCUCUGUCCACUUAGUAAUACUUCUAUGUAUUUCUUUCUUUCUUUCUUUCUUUCUUUCUUUUUUCUUUCUUUCUUUCUUUUACAUCUUUCACUUUCUCUGUCCGCCUAGUAAUCUUCUAUGUAUUUCUUUCUUUUUCUUUCUUUCAUUCUUUCUUUCUUUCUUUCUUUCUUUCUUUCUUUUACAUUUCCAUUUUUCUCUUUUCAUUUCCUUCUUUCUUUCUUUCUUUCUUUCUUUCUUUCUUUCUUUCUUUUACAUGUUCCAUUUUUUCUUUCUGCCUAGCAUUUCCUUCUUUCUUUCUUUCUUUCUUUUACAUCAUUUCCUUCUUUCUUUCUUUCUUUCUUUCUUUCUUUUACAUGUUCCAUUUUUCUCUUUCUGCCUAGCAUUUCCUUCUUUCCUUUCUUUCUUUUUCAUGUUCCAUUUUUCAUUCUUAGCAUUUCUUCUUUCUUUCUUUCUUUCUUUCUUUCUUUCUUUUUACAUGUUCCAUUUUUCUUUCUGUCUAGCAUUUCCUUCUUUCUUUCUUUCUUUUGCUUUCUUUCUUUUACAUGUUCCAUUUUUCUCUUUCUGCCUAGCAUUUCCUUCUUUCUUUCUUUCUUUCUUUUACAUGUUCCAUUUUCUCAUUCUGUCUAGCAUUUCCUUCUUUCUUUCUUUCUUUCUUUCUUUCUUUCUUUUACAUCAUUUCCUUCUUUCUUUCUUCCUUCUUUCUUUUACAUGUUCCAUUUUCUCUUUCUGCCUAGCAUUUCCUUCUUUCUUUCUUUCUUUCUUUCCUUCUUUCUUUCUUUAUUUACAUCAUUUCCUUCUUUCUUUCUUUCUUUCUUUCUUUUACAUGUUCCAUUUUCUCUUUCUGUCUAGCAUUUCUUUCUUUCUUUCUUUCUUUCUUUUACAUGUUCAAUUUUUCUCUUUCUGCCUAACAUUUCCUUCUUUCUUUCUUUCUUUCUUUCUUUCUUUCUUUUGCAUGUUCCAUUUUCUCUUUCUGCCUAGCAUUUCUUUCUGUCUUUCUUUCUUUCUUUCUUUCUUUUAUAUGUUCCUUUUUCUCUUUCUGCCUAGCAUUUCCUUCUUUCUUUCUUUCUUUCUUUCUGUCUUUCUUUCUUUCUUUCUUUUACAUGUUCCAUUUUUCUCUUUCUGCCUAGCAUUUCCUUCUUUCUUUCUUUCUUUCUUUCUUUUUUUCUUUCUUUAA